AGUACGCUUGCAAUCUAAAUGCAAGCGAGCGGCAACAGAUGACUCUACCCCGCUGAAAUGUGUCGCUAAGGGCCACUUUUAGCAUCCUUCAUUUUUCGUAAAACGUAUGCUUCCUGUAGCAGGUGUCCAAAGUAAAUCAUCAUGUCUUUUGGUGAUGAGGAAUCCUGGUACGAGUUGGUUGAACGAGACGACUUCUCAGAGGAGGAGCUUUCGAUACCGCCCAUCAAGUACGAAUAUCUUGAUCACACUGCUGAUGUUCAGCUUCAUGGAUGGGGUGAUGACCUGACAGAAGCUUUUGAACAGGUAGCUGUUGCAAUGUUUGCCUACAUGACAGAAAUUGACAAAGUUGAAAUUCAUGCCACGUGUGACAUCAAAGCAGAAGCUGAAGACAUGGUUGGCCUGCUGUACCAUUUUUUAGAUGAGCUGCUCUUUGUCUUUAGUGCAGAACCAUUUAUGAUUGGAAAAAAAGUCAAGAUUCUUGAAUUUGACAAGGAAGCUUUUAGGAUAAAAGCCAAAGUAUUUGGUGAAGUGUUCGACCUUGGCAAGCACCCUCAGGGCACUGAAGUGAAGGCGAUCACGUACUCCAACAUGCAAGUCUGGGACAACCCAAACCAGCAUGAGGUGUUUGUAAUUAUUGACAUAUAAAUAAGUUAUGCGCC